AUGUCCGCACCUAUUUCAACUCGCGAGCCACGAAAUGCGAAGAAGAAAGCUUUAGAAAACGCUAUUUGGAUACCUAAGACGUCAAGGAAAGUUCAUCAAGCUGGGCCAGCACUUGAGCACCAAGCAAAAAAGGUCAUCAGUACCAACAAGGAUGUGCCACGCACUACAAUGCGCACUACAAAAAUGGUCCUUUUGCCUUCCAAACUAAGUGAGGAUGAUAGAGAGGAGGAUGGAGGUGAUUCUGAUGCCAUUGAGUCAGACUUAGAACUUGAACCUGCAAAGCCUCAAGGCUUGUAUCGACCUAACAAACUCCAUCGCACAUAUGCCAUGCAGGAUGUUACUGCAUUAUUUGAUGAUGAUGAGCUCGACUCCGAUGGUGAGCAGGUGGAAAUCGCCAAUGGUGAUGAUUCAGAUGCUGGGCAUGAGGAGAGUGACAACGAGGAACCAGAGACCACGGCCAUGAUACUCUCUGACGAGUCUGCCUGGGACCAAAAACACACUGCAGAGAUUCCAACAUGGCACGAUGUCGACAAUGCUGUUUCAGAGUCUGUAGACAAAACUAGUACAACAUGUGGCAAUUCCUCAGAACCCUACUCCAGUGAUUUGGAAGGUGCCCCCAAACCUACCUCCACAGCUCGUUCAGCUCAGAAUGUCGCUUCUCUCAUUCGAAUGGAGAAGGGUAAUAUCAAAUUACUUGAUCAAAACCACAAAACUUGUCGAGUCAUUCGGAAUGUGAUUAUUGAUGCCAAGUGUCACAUUGUCUUCAUCAAUGCUUAUCCUGAACUUGUUGAUAAAAACCAGAUCUCAUUGCAAUCUUUGUUGAAGGUGGCUCAGGAUCUUGGCAUACAUGCCAUCAAACAAUGUCUUCAAAAAGAUGUGCAGUACGCUUCUCACCUUGCUAGCUUGGUAAGUCCUUUGCACAUCUCAAAUAUAUUGUCUAACUGUCUUGAACUAUUGAGGUCGAGCCGCGCAUUCCCUUAUUGCACCGUGGCUUGA